GCGGAGCGGAUGGUGGGCAGGGGGGCCAUGGCCGCGGCGGCUUCCCCAUGCGACAAGGACGGGGACGCGCAGCCAUGUAAGAAAAGGAGAGAAGAUGACCCUUCUGUUAAAGCAAUUACAAACUAUUUUUCACCAUUAGCAAAAAAUGUUGAAAGAGUGUUGUCACCACCCAAAUCAAGCAAUAUUAUGGAUUACUUUAAAAAAACAUCCCCUUCUAAUGAGAAGAUUGCUUCACCUGUGGCAGAGAAGGAAAGUAAGACAAAUCUAUUAUCUCUGGAAAUUUCUUCAAAGCCUUUGACAAAACUUAAGAGGAGAGGGAAAAGAUGUAAUUUAAAUAAUAAAUUAAAGGAUAUGAGAACACUUGAGCAUGAUGCUGUGCCUGACACGAACGAUGGUGAAAGCGAAAAAUGCGGUCCAAAGGAAGACGGCUUGAAAAUGAAUUUAAUUGGUCACAGUGCUCCUGAAUUGCUUGGUCCCAAUGUGGAAGGAAUGUUAAAUGAUGGCAGCAAAAAUCUUCCCAACAAUAUCAGUAGCAAAGAUGAAGAAAUAAAACGGAAGAUAGAGAAGAAAGUAAUAAAUAAUAACUUUAAAAGAUCUAAGAAAAGGAAGCAGAAGGAUGAGACAGAUGCCCCUGAAAGUUUUAUUCCUGAAACUGAGCUAAAUGGACUGUCUAAAGAAGUUAAUGAGAUACAACUUGUGUCUAUCAGUGAGCCUGAAAAUAAAAGAAUAGCAAGUGUUUUGGGACCUGAGACUAAUACACAUGAGACACUACAAUUAAAUGAUAGUACAGUUACUGUAUCAUUUGAAGACUUUCUGAAAAGCCAAGGAGAAAAUAAAGUCGACCAAAUUUCAAAAGGCCAAACACCCGACAGUUCGGUUGCAUUGGGUGAAACUAUCAGCUGCCAGACUGUUCAGCCAUUGCCACUUAAGAAAGUAACUGUCCUUGCAGAAAUUCAUCCUGUCCCUCCAAAAUCUCUCUCUUCUCGAAAAAUAGCCUCUAUCUUUUUAAAACAAAAAACCAAAGCAGCUAAAAGAGGAAGUAAUCUAUCCACUCCAGAGGUGGCGAUUACUAAGAAAACCACCCAGAAAAGAAGAUCUAAUGUUGUGAUAGCAGAGGAAGAGUUAGACUUGGCUGUGUUAGAAUCUCUAAGUUCAGAGACUGUGAAGUCAAAAUGCACUGCAGAAGAAAGAUACCAGUUCAUGAAAGCCUUUAAACAGCCAGAAUCAGACCUAGUAAAAAAUGGAGCUAAGAAAGGACCUGGUAAACAGAAGGAGGUAGGAGAAAACUCUUCCAAACUCAAAGAAGAAAUCGAAGGAAGUGAGGAGGUUUCUGACAAAAAACUAGAAAAUGAAGUUCCAAAAAAUCGUGUUGGUAGUGAUUCUUGUUCUAAUACUGGCAGAAAUCUUACUGCCCGAGUGAAAAAUAACAAGCUCAGUCGAAAAAGAAUGAUAUUAGAAGCAAAGAUGAAAAAUUUAAAUACUAGUGAAAACCAGAAUAGUAAUGCUAAUAAUCAGAUUAAGGUAACAACUACAACGGGGACGCAGAGCAAAUGGCAUCAGAAAAAGAUCAGAUUGAGAAAAAGUCCGCGGCAAAAGAGAAGUGAAGCUUCCAUAAACAUUAGUCCAGAAAAAGUGAACAUUUCAGAGGCUGCUACUGAAAAUACACCAGGAGAUAGCCCUCUACAGGCUUCUACUCCCAAAGCAAAAAAUAAUUCCUUCAAUCAAAGUGACCUGUAUAAGGCUGAGGUGAUGACGGAACCCUCUGAUUCAAAGAGCCCAAUAAGGAUGAAAUUCACCAGAAUUAGUACAUCUGAAGGAUUUUCACAGCAGAGUAUAAAGAUGAAUGCUACAUGUAACAAUAUAUCCAAAGCCAAAAAAUUGAUUGAGAAAGCAAAGGCUCUACAGCAAAACAAGGCGAGGAUUAUGGAAGAGACAUACCCGCCUCUAAGACGCUCUUCUAGACAGCAGGCUCUUGCUGAGAAGAAAAGGCUACAAAAUACAGAAGAAUCUGUGAUUAUUUUGGAUUCAAGUCUAAGUAAUGUUACUACUGUUUCAGAAGUGGUGGAGAAGCAAAAGAUUCUUCAAAAUUUGAAUGAUGUUUUAGGCAAAAAGGCUGGAAAUACAAAGGCAACUAAAACUAGUGGCAAAGAAAAAGUGUCUUCGUUAAUCAGGAAAAAAGUUCAGAAGUCCGCAGCUGAAACCAUCAGGAUUUCUGACGAAAGCAGUGAAGAUGAAUCUGAAAACUCUCAAGAUGACGAGCAGUUCAAAGCAAAACGUACAUUUUUAAUGAGUGGUUUGCCAGAGUCGCUGAGAAGGCAAAUGGCAAAGAAGGCAGCAGCUUUGGAAGCGUAUUCGGCAGCUAAUGCCUGCUUCCCGACAGUGGUCCACGUGCAGCAGAAGGAUGAGUGCUUGAUGUGGAGGUUGGCACCACCCUCUUGCCCACUCUUAACUCGUCUGCGAGAGAAUUCUGAAGUAACUGGCAUUGCACAGCGCACUUUCUCAUUUGGUGAAUUUUCAAGUUUAAAAGCACAGUCUAAUGGCACAGAUUCUGCAAUUAUUGUGUCAUCUGGCUGGCGACCAUUUUUUUCUGAAACACAGAGGAAUUAUUUGUUGGAAGAGAUAAAGUCUUCUAACCCCCAGUUUCCUGCGAAAAGAUUUUUUGAUCUACUCUUGAAAAAACAAGUUAUUCCUGAAAAUAAUAAACCAGUAAACAAAACUGAAGCUGGAAUUUCCAAGACACACACAAAAACUGACAGUCGGAGAGAGACCAAAAGAAAACGAAAAACGGAAGACCGUAAACACAAAAGAAGGAAACAAAUAGAAAAAACAGACGCUAAACUGUCUGACACGGCUUCCGAAGAAUUGUGUGUAAAACAGGCAGGCAUGGAAAAUAAAAUCCACACGAUGGACACAAAUGAGAUUGACGCAUCAGAAAUUAUCACAAUAGAAGACUGUGAUGUGAACAUGGAAGAGAGUUCUGUUUCUGAUUCUGCCAAUGAAGAUGUGCUCUGGACAGAGAAAUAUCAACCACAGAACUCCAAUGAACUUCUAGGCAACACUGCAGCAAUUAAAAAACUAUACAGGUGGCUGAGUGAAUGGAAAAAAAGGGCUUAUUUGGAAGAAAAUGGAGCCCAAAAGGAAGAAAAAAGUGGCAGUCAUGAAGACUCUUCAGACAGCAUGGAUUUUAAAGAUGACAGAUCAUACAGCGAUGAAGACACUGAACUGUGCAAUACCAUGCUGUUAAUUGGCCCACCAGGUGUCGGAAAGACUGCAGCGGUUUAUGCUUGUGCACAAGAACUUGGCUUCAAGAUAUUUGAAGUGAAUGCUUCUUGCCAACGCAGCGGGAGGCAAAUUCUUUCUCAACUGAAGGAAGCGACUCAGUCUCACCAGGUGGACAAGCAAGGUGUAAAUGCUCAUAAGCCCUGUUUCUUUAACAGCACUAAAUCUCCAAGAAAACUCUCUCCCAGAAAAGAAUGUUCUCCAAAGAAGCCUCUGGUUUCACCUAGAAGAGUUGGAUUAAAACAAGGCUUGGCACCCAAAACCUUAACAAACUAUUUCAAAAUCUCUUGUAAGGAAGAAAAAGUGGAAUACCAAGGAAACAAGAAAGAAAGAAAGGAAAGCUUAUCCGAAGAUAAAGUUCUGAUGAAGUCAAUAAAAAGGGGAGCAGGAGAAGAAGAAUCAAGUAAAAAAUGUGCAACUUCUCUCAUCCUCUUUGAAGAGGUUGAUAUAAUAUUUGAUGAAGAUGUUGGAUUUCUAAAUGCCAUAAAGACAUUCAUGACCACUACUAAGAGACCUGUCGUUCUUACUACCAAUGAUCCAUCAUUUAGUUUAAUAUUUGAUGGCUUCUUUGAGGAAAUCACCUUCUCUGUACCGUCUUUGGUAAACAUUGGAAGCUACCUUCAGGUUUUGUGUUUGGCUGAGAACUUACGAACAGAUAUAGGGGAUUUUGCUGCUUUGCUAACUACGAAUAAUUGUGAUAUUAGACAAAGUAUUCUCGACUUACAGUUCUGGGUUAGGAGUGGUGGCGGCUAUCUGAAAGAAAAAAAUAUGGAGCUUCACGAAGGAGACAAGAAGGCGUGUGGCGUGGAACAGGUUACUUGUACCGACGAUCCAGCGAGCUCAAAAAUCUCUGAGCUGCCCUUCUUAAAACUUCCCAAGUGUGACACUGGCUGCACUGAAAACUUGCUUGGCCUCAAGAACAUUUUUUUGCCUUCAGAAGACCUGCUCUCAUUCCUUAAGCAUGAGAUCACAACCAAAGAAGAAUGGUGUAAGCUAAUACAUCUCCUUGCAGAAUUCCAGAUGAAGAAUAUAGACUUUAUUUAUAGUAAUCUUGAGUUAAUUUUACCAUUACCAGUUACUGUGCUUUCAGAACCAGCUCAGAUAGCGAAUCCUCAGCUUAAAACUAUCGUGGAGAAUUUUUCAAAUCACACAGCCCUUGAUGGGAACUGCUUGGAAGAAGCUAGCCCUGUGAAAAGGUCUAAACAGACAAAGCACAAGAGAAUGAUGGCUUUACUGGAUGAUAGUGACUUAUUUGAGAGAGAGAUGAACUAUUCAGAGUUCAUUACUGUGCCAUCCGAAGCACCGAGCUCAAGCUCUGAAGGAGAACAAGGACGGAAGCCUGCAACUGAGAGCACUGACACGUUGAGCAGCGGAACGGCAGCAAAAGCAAAAGGCUCGGUUUACGCAUUCCAUUGUCUAAACUCAUUAACUGAAUUUGUGGAUAAUAUGUCCCUCUUAGACUGUUGCUUAAAUAAUCAGGAAUCAAAGCAAUCUUGUAAAUAUGAGGAAUUUAUUUGGACAAAAGGCAAGAUCAAGAAUGGACUGUCUGAUGAGUUUAGCGAGGAACACACAGAUUGGUGGAGUUCCGAAAGCUGCAAUGAACUGAAAGCAAUGAUGGAGGCGUUAGCCUUCAACAAAUGCUUUAAGGACGUUUCAAAAGCCACGCAGAGCUGUUUGAAUGCUGGAAAGGAUGGAUUCGAAGAACUUACACUCUGUAUUUCAAAAGAGCGAGUCCAUUUACACUUCGGUCAGUUGGCAACGAAAUCCAGCAUUCAACAGAAAGCUGAGAAGAGGUUGGAAAUCAUCAAAGCUGCCUUUUCCAGUAGAACUCCUUUCAGUCUGAGCAACAGACAAGCCAAUAUAGUGGAAUACCUGCCUACUCUCCGCAACAUUUGUAAGUUGGAGAAGCAGAAAGAACAAGGAAAAACAAAAAGAAGAUUUCUCCAUUACCUUGAAGGAAUUCACUGUGAUUUUCCAAGAGGAAUUUUGAACAGUCUGGCAGCUGACUUUCCUUAAAAUGAUUGAUGCCAUUAACGCCUCUGUACAUAUGAAAUCAUUUUAAAUGUAUAUUCAAAGUGCUGUUUAUAUUUUGAUUCUAUUUAAAGACACAAGCUGUAUAUAUGUCCUGUAAUGGUGCUGUUCAUAGUACAAAUGUGAACUCCUGAAAUCUACAUCAGCAGUGUUCAAAUACAACUAGUGUGAUACUGCAUAAACCUGAUUCUUUCAGUAUAUGGCUUCUGUUUUUAAGGAGCUAUUUCAGUUGACAGUUUCAUAUUUAGCAGUAGGUGGCGUAUUUAAGGCAUUCUUCUAAUUUCUAUCUAAAUGUUGUACGUCUUAUGAAAACGUUAGUCAAAUGUUGACUGAAAUCUCUUGCAAUUAAACUGCCAAACUUCUUAA